GUACACUGGAGCAUAUUGGAAUGAUGCUGAGCAAGUCGUUAGGGCCUUUGUUGACCAGGAGACUGGGAUGGCUCGGGCGGUCAGUUGGCUCACUCCCGGAACACUCACCUGGGCUUGAAGAGAACGAGUCCUGGUUGGAAUCACUGGAUUACUACGAGGACGACAUAGCUCAGAAAUCGCUACCUUCUCAGUUCCAUGAGCUUUCCGACGUUUCGUCUUCAAAGUUCACCAUCCUGAAGGACUAUAACAACGGCUCGUAUGAUAUAUCGCUGAAAUUUACGAACAAAGAUGUGUACUCUUCCCAGUUCUCCACUGUUAGUCAUAAGAAGAGGCCCAAAGCUGAGGCACAAGGCUUCACUGAUGUCCGUUGUAUCAGGCUCAGAUCUGGUAACGGUGGUGAUGGCUGUGUUUCGUUCUUUCGAGACGCUGGUCGUGCUGUUGGGCCUCCUGAUGGAGGCGAUGGUGGUAGAGGUGGUGACAUCUACGUCCAGGCCAUUGAAGGACUGACAUCGCUGAAUAAGUUGAAGCAGAGCUACAUCGCCGGCGACGGACAGCCAGGAAAGGCGAGACAGCUCGAUGGUGCAAAAGGUAAGGACAUUGUAAUAACUGUACCUGUGGGCACUGUCAUCAAGUGGAUGCCAGAUCCAAAGGUUCUGAAGGAGCAACUUGAGGUGAAAGAAGAAGUCGAAUGGGAAAUGACUGCCAAAGAGGGGAAAGAUGAUCUUUAUGAACCAACACUGUUACAGCUCAAGAGAGACAGUUACAGCGUUGGUGAAGGAUGGCUGUUCAAAGAUAAAGAUAAAGACGAACAGUGGCAUAGAUCUAAGGAUCAUUUUGUCAAGUUGGAUAAGAAAGUGCAGAAGUACGACUCUAAGAUAAUAUCAUCGGAAGAACAUGGUGAUCUAUUCCCGUUGAAUGGACUGGAUCUCAACAAGGCCAAUGAGAUGCCAAUAUUGCUCGUGAGAGGUGGAGCUGGAGGACUGGGGAACAUGCACUUCUUGACCAAUAACAUCAGAAACCCAAGGUUCUCGAAGAAAGGAAGAAGCCAUCUAGAGGCACAUUUCCUCUUCGAGUUGAAGCUGUUGGCUGAUUUGGGUCUUGUCGGCUUGCCUAACGCUGGUAAAUCUACUCUUCUAAGGGCCAUUUCGAAUGCUACUCCUAGAGUUGGCCACUGGGAGUUCACCACGUUGCAGCCUUCCAUCGGCACAAUUCCUCUGGGGGUCGAUAAGGAGUCAUUCACCGUUGCCGAUAUUCCAGGUAUUAUCAAAGGCGCAUCUCAGAACAAAGGAAUGGGUAUCGACUUCUUGCGUCACAUUGAGAGAUCUGGAGGAUUGGUGUUUGUUAUCAGUCUAGGUAACGAUGACCCUAUUGCCGAUCUUAAUAUCUUACUUCAAGAGCUGGGAGAUCGUGUAACGGGAAAGAACGUUCUCAUAGCAGCUACGAAAGCUGAUAUUGAAGGAUCAUAUGAAAAGUUUCAAGCAUUAAGAGCAUAUGUGGAAGGUAAAGAUUGGAAGAUAGUUCCAGUUUGUGCCUUGAAGAAGGAGAAUGUUGAGCAGUUGAUCUUAAUGAUGGGUGAAUGUGCUGGAAAGUUGUAAUUAAUCAUCUGUUCUUGAAAAACGUUAGACUUGUACAUAGGUGUAUAUUACGGUGAUGAGACAUUAUCGA